AUGCUGCUGCUGUGUGCUGUGGGCGCAGCGGGAGGGCCGGCCGGACGCAGGUUGGGGCUGGGAGCUGGUUUCAACGAAAAGGCGGCGGGGUCGAGCCGGCCCCGGGGUCCCAGGGGUGGGCCCAGCUGCUCGUGCCCGCGCCUCGCGCGCCACUGCUCCGAGGCCUCCCGCACGGCCGGGGGCGGGCCCGGCGGGGAUUGGGCGCCGCGUGGGGGGCGGGGCUGGGUCCGUGCGCCCCCAGGCGGUCCCCGCCCGGGCGGAAAGUGCUGCGGCCCUCCCGGAAGCCCGGGCGCGCUCCCUGCUCCGGGCGGGUCUCGGCAUCGCGCACCCUCCACCAAGGUCCCUCUCGCUUCGCGACUGAAGCCCGCGGGGCAGGUGAGGAGACCUCGUUUGAGCGGGAAACCUGCGACGCUUGGUUGGCAGCUGUUCGGCGGACUCCCGCCUGCGGUCAGGCUCGCGAGGGAUUCUUCCUCCCUCGGCUUUGCCUCUGGUGGAGCCGGGUGCCCGCCAAGGGCCGAGUCUGCAGCCCCUAGCUGCAUUUGCGGCCGGUGCACUUGGGCCCUGCCCGUGCUUUACCCCCGGGCAGACCCCUCUGCCCCAGGCGUCUCGCCCGCCUGCCGCUACGACCAAGUCCCGGAGCAGGGAGCCCGAGGGCCCGGGGCGAACAGGGGGCCUGUAACGGGUCACCCUCAGCGCUGUCCCCAGAGUGGAUGCGCGACGUGA